GAAUCUCUAUUUUAUUCUCAAUCAAAAUUGUAAAUGAUGCGGGGAGUUAUCUUUCCUAAUUAUCAUUAGCUUAUCAUUAGCCACUAAACAAAUUCUAGGGUUUUACAUUUAUUUAUCUAGAGACGUUUAAUUUUUUAAACAUAAACUCACUAGCAGAUAAACAAACACUUGGAUCUAGAUAUUAUGUCCUUAUUUUGGUAAUCGAUUUCUUCUUAUUUGUCCAAUUUUUUCUUCAAUUGAAGGUUUUUUCAGAUUUACGUAUCUAUUGCAAAGAUUUCAGUCUUUCACUCUGCUGAAUAGACUUCACAACAAGAGGAGCUUGUGCAAUCACAUUUAUAUGUGUGUUUCAGAAACACUAGAGGUUAAUAAUGGUGCGCAAAGGAAAGAAAAAAGCUUCGACCUCCAAUAGAACUCACAAAGAGAAUGAAGUUGCUCAAGAUGCUUUAGUUGAAACAAAGAACUCUGACUCAAUGAUAGCUAAGAUAGAGCAAACAAAGGGUGUUGCUCAUAUUGAAAAUACAGAAACAACAUCAGUUGACAUGACAAAAAGUGAAGAGGAUGAAGAAACAAAGCAUGAAGAACAAAAUGUGAUUAUCCAAAAGAGUGAAGAAACUCCGGAAGAUGAUGAACCUAUUCAAGAGCUGAAUGGUCAUAAUAAAAUAGAAGAGGACCAAAAGAGCAAAAAAACUCCUGAAGAUGAUGAAGAUAAUCAAGAAGGUCCAAUGGAGGAAGGUGAUGAAGAUAAUCGAGAAGAUUCAAUGGAGGAAGAUGAUGAAGAAGAUACUUCCGAAGAAGCCAAUGAAGAAAAUGAAAGUUUCGAGGAUGAAGAUAGUGAAGAAGAUGCUACAAAUACUUUCGAGGACGAAGAUAGUGAAGAAGAUGCUACAGAAGUAGAAGAAGAAGAAAAUGAAGAUGAUGAAGAAGAAAACAAUGGUGCAAAAGAAGAAAAAGAAAUUGCUGAAGGAGAGAGUGGAAAAGCUGAAAAGUGUAAUGAAGAAAAUAUGGGAGCACUUUCAAAGGAAAAGGCCAAGAAAUCGGGUGAAAAGAGCGGAAAGAAGGUGAAAGAAAAUUCGGUUGGUAAUGAUAACGAUUAUGAAGAAGAUAGAAUGAAAGAAGAAGACAACAAUGGUGCAAAAGUAGAUAAAGAAAAUGCAGAUGGAGAAGGACAAAAUGCUGAAGAGCAGAGUAAUCUAGAGAAAUUGGAAACAAAUUCAAAGGAGAAGGUCAAGAAAUCAUGGCAGAGGCGCAGAAAGAAGAAGGUGGAAGACGGAAGCUUCAAAAAAGUGGCCUCUGGAGCUAAAGAUAAGCCUGAAUCAUCGACCAAGAAGAAAUCUAAGAAAAGGGCUGAGUGCAUGGGAAUGAUUUUUAUGUGCAGUUCUCAGACAAAGAAUGACUGCUACCGUUAUAGGGUUCUUGGGCUGCCUGCUAGCAAGAAAGAUUUGGUGAAAAAGAUCUAUAAAGGGAUGCGACUGUUUUUAUAUGAUAUUGAUUUGAAAUUGAUGUACGGAAUCUAUAAAGCAGCUGGAGCUGGGGGAUAUAACAUUGAGCCCAAGGCCUUCAAGUCACAGUUCCCAUCUCAGGUCUUUGAUUCCUGCGAGGAGAAUGUGGAAGCUAGAAAGGGUUAGUUAAAACUCAAUCAUAAUAUCUUUUUUCCCCACCUUAAUAUAGCUGAAAAUCAUUAAAAUAAUGUUGUUAGUUUGAAUAUAUUUUCCUUCGAGUAUGCUUUUGUACUGAUUUUACUAUUGUUUUCUUUCCAUUUCUUAUUGAAAUGUUCCACUUAUAAAUUUAAAA